AAGAAAUUAUUUUGGUCUAAAAAGUAGUCUACAAAGAAGGGGAAAAAAAAAAAGGAAAAUAGAAAAAAUUAGGGCUUCAAAAUGGGUCAAAAAUCGGGUUAAAAUUUGAAAAUCCAUUUCUUCGUCUCCAUCAACUUGUUUUAGCAUUUAUAAGACUUUCAUCUUGUUUAGGUGAGGCCGGAAGCGAGAAGAGACGGCGGCAUUUUUUCCGGCGAAGUGGUCAAUUAGAGGCUAUUCCGAUUGAGCUUUUGAAGGGCUAAAAAAAACACAAUGGGCAGAAGAAUAUUGAAUGACGCGCUGAGGACGAUUGUCAAUGCCGAGAAAAGAUGUUUUGCCUCAGCUCAACUUCAACCCGUCUCCGGUGUUAUGGCCUCCUUCCUUCAAAUCAUGAAGUAUCGAGGCUAUAUCAAAGAUUUCCAAGUACAUGAUCCUCAUAGAGUUGGUAAAAUAACAGUCCAACUGCUGGGUCGGAUUAAUGAUUGCCGCGCUCUGACAUAUAGGCAAGACAUCAAAGUACAUAAUGUCGAGGAUUAUACCAAACGUAAACUUCCUACGCAUCAGGUGUGCGGAAAUAAUUGCUUUUGGGAUUUCAUUUUUUUUUUUUUGUUCUAGUGUGGAGUGAUUAGACUUCGUGCUUGAAACCCCUUCUAUCUGUGUUUUGUAUAAUGUUUUGAAUCUCAAAUCUGGAGGGGAUGAAGCCGCUUUUAUACAUCUUUUUUUUUUUUCUUCACAAGUUAGUUAUACUAGCCGUGGAUGAUGUAUUAUGCCUAAGCUGCUGAGGUUGUUCUUCAUUUUCUACUUUUGGUUAAAAUCUUAUGUUAGUUAUGACAGUCCAUUAAAUUGUGACACACUGGCUUAUCAUAUUUUUGGUGUGCCUUUAAACGUUGAUUGCAUAAAUGGCGGUACAUGACUUCAAAUUUUGCAGUUCUGUGAAAGUUAUUGGUAAUAUGUGUGAUGAUAUUUGACUGGAAUCCACAUAAUAUUUUUGUAAUUUUCUUUUUUUGGGUGUGUAUUUGUGGAAUGAACUGUUUGUUUUUGUGUAAAUUCUAUAAAGAUUUACUAGACUACUGGUUUUUUUGCUCUGCCUGCUGUGUUUGCUAGAUAGAAGAUUGAAUUUGCUUAGCAUAUAGAUAUGUUCAUAGCCAUGUAGUUUACUGUUGGAUAUCUCCCUCCCCUCAUAUUAUUAUGAUCUACUAUAAACUACGAACAGAGAAGAGAUAAGGUUUCCCUUGAUCUUGGUUGUAGUCCAAAUUGCUAGCUAUGGUGAUCGCGAUCUAGUUUUGACUUUCUACUUGUUCAUGCAGUGGGGCUAUGUAGUAAUAAGUACGCCAAAUGGUGUGAUGGACCAUGAAGAGGCAAUUCGACAGAAUGUUGGUGGCCAAGUUCUGGGGUACUUUUACUGAAGAAAACUUUUGAAUAUAGGCAAAAUCUGGAGGUUGCUUGGAUGAACUUGGAGUUUUUUUUUCCUUCAUUUUUUUUUUCGGUUGAGAGAACUUUAAGAAGCCCCUCCUAUAUAAGGGAUCUGUCAAAAGUCAAAACACUUUCUUUUUCCCAUUUUCUGGUUAGCUGUAGGUCAUCUCUUCCUUUCUCUAAAGUGUAGAACUUAGUCUUUACUUGUGAAGCAUCGUUAAAAAUGUUCUUUGCUGUAACAGAUACUCUUAUUUUAGUCAACAGUGAGCUUUGCAGUGGUUGGUUCUCAUUUCUACUUAAGCUUUAAAUUGUUCUACUUCUUUGUAUCGCCU